AUGGAGACGGAGAUCGACUACUAUGAAAUUUUAGGCGUCGAGCGUACGGCAGAUCACAUUGAGAUUCGCCGUGCAUACAAAAAGCUUGCACUGUCUCAUCAUCCAGAUAAAGUUCCUGAAGACGAAAGGCCGGAAGCUGAGCAGCGGUUCAAAUCCAUUAGCGAGGCGUACGAGGUUUUGUCGAAGGAGGAGACGCGAGCGCACUACGACAUGUUUGGCACCUCAGCAAAGUCAGGAGCUGGCAAUGGGUCGUACAGCUGGCAGGACCAGUUUGACCCGCAGUUCGGACCGGAGGCGUUUGCGGAAUUUUUUGGAUUCAACCAAUCCCAGUAUCACGCUCAUGCCAAUGGAGGUGGCGAGCGGGCCAAUGGACACAGUCACCAUACGAAUGGAGGGUUCCGGGGUCGCACAGAAGACGCAAAUAUUGAAAUCGAUAUUUCUUUGGAAGAUAUUUAUCGUGGAAGAGUUCUCAAACUUGCCUCGUCACGCCAGAUCCUCUGCAAAGUUUGCGAGGGUGUGGGGGCUCGUCCUAAAGCCAAGCCAAAGACAUGUGGGGUAUGCAAUGGAACAGGUAGCACGCAGAAGCUUCGCCACCUCAACGGUGGUCUUAUGACGGCAGACACAAUGCCAUGUGACGCAUGCCACGGCCGGGGCCAAACGUUCAGAACUAAGGACCAAUGUAAACGCUGCAUCGGCACCGGCACCGUAGAAGAACGGUCCAUUUUCGAAGUUUAUAUUCCCCGCGGUGCACCCGAUGGAUAUCGUGAAGUGUUAAAAGGUAAAGCCGACGAAAUGUACGGAUACCAAACGGGCAAUAUUGUCGUUACAGUUCAGGUGGCCCCUCAUGAACGAUUCACUAGAGAGGGUCAAGAUCUUUACACCAAAGCUAAUAUCACGCUGGGCGAAUCGCUGUUGGGAUUUUCUCGUGUGCUGGCUACACAGCUGGACGGUCGGGCCCUCCGCGUAACUGUUCCUCGCGGGUCGGUCACCAAGCCCAACACCGUUUUGAAAAUCGCUGGCGAGGGUAUGCCCAAGGCCGGGUCUGACAUUAGAGGUGAUCUGUAUAUUGUGCUUGAAAUCGACUUCCCUGACCGUCUCGACCCUUCUACUGUUAUUGCUCUGGAGAAUGCGUUGCCUGUGCCUCCUUGUGACAACAAUGACAGCGAGGUUGACGAUGUCGACGCCGUGCAAAUCUCUGUGGACGAUCUGCCGACCUAUGAUCACGAAGAUGAGAAUGGCGAGUUCGAAGUGCCAGGCGGUUGUGCGACAAAUUAA